UGGCACUUCACACAUCGCUUUCUCUCUCAUUUUCUGGCUGCGUUUUCCAUCGUUUUCUCGCUCCUCGUUGUUUGAGUCUGCAGAUUUUCCCUGCAGGCAAACACCACCAGAAGAACAAGAAGAGGGACGCCUAAGCCCUAGACAGGCCCCGGAGGCGGAGCACUUGUCAAUGGAGUCUCUCUCGCGUCCCUUUCACAGGAAAACCUCUUCUGCAACUUUCUCGAAGAAGCUCACCAAUGCGACGAGCUUCUCCUCAGCCAAGGGCGCGUACGACGACGUCUUUUUCAGCGGCGGGCAGAGGUGCGGAGCCCCGACCUCCUACUCGUCUCCAAUCGAGGACUACAAUGAGAUUUUUGGUGGCUCUCGUGGUUCUUCGAUUCCGACUCUUGAUCUUUCGGUCCUCGACGAACAGAAAGUUUCGGCUGAUGUUCGAGGCUCGAAGCCUGAUUAUUUGAAGAUUUUCGGGGGUUUUCGCGACGAAGAUAUUGCUUUGUCCUAUGAGGAAAUGUUUGAAAAGCCGAAGGGAGCUAAAAGUUUAUCUAACGAAGCGAGGAGCCCUUCCAAAAAAGCAUCUCCUCCAUAUGUGUCAGCUAGAUCAAAGAAUUGCAAAGAGAAAGAUUUUCAAUGUGAAGCACCUAAUCAGUCAGUUGAGGGUAUGAAGCAGUUUAGUAUGUGUUCUAACAAAACCAGUCAAGGCAGCGAGAGGACAAAUGGGACGACUCAUUUAGCUCAUCUCAGUGCUCCUGGAUUUACUUCUUUAAAUGGCAAAAAUCAUCCUCUCCAGAAGACAGAAGGGAAGCAGUCAGUACCCUUCUCAAAAGUUGAUGCAACACCCAUUCCAAAAGUCAGUGCAAAGCUCCCUAAAGAACAAGCUUCUGACAGUGUAGGCAGAUUUACAAGUCAGUCUAGUGGUCAGAAAUUCUAUUCAAUUGAUAAGCCAUUCAAUGCAAAUGAAAAUGGCCUCAAAACACAUUCCUCUGAAGAACAAGCUUCUGACAGUGUAGGCAGAUUUACAAGUCAGUCUAGUUGUCAGAAAUUCUAUUCAAUUGAUAAGCCAUUCAAUGCAAAUGAAAAUAGCCUCAAAACACAUUCCUCUGAAAUGUCAUCAACUUCAAAUCUUCCUGCUAACUUUUCCAGGGAUAAGAAGAGCAAAAGACUUGGGUUGAUGGAUUCAAACUUCAGGGUUUCUAAAGGUGAUGCCCCUAAAGCUGGUCCGAAAGACUGUUCACCAUCAUUCUCUGAUGAGGAGGUUGAUGGAAAUUCAGCAGCUGCUGCCUCUGUAGCUGCCUUGAAAAAGGCACUGGAGAAGGCUCAAGCUAGUAUAAGAAUUGCAAAAGAAUUAAUGGAAAGGAAGAAGGAUGGUUGUCAUAGGUUUUCAAAGCCAAAAUUUAAGGAUGGCUUGGAUAGAAUGAGAAGAAGGGAGGACAAAGUCACCAUAGAGGCUGGCAGAAUCAGGGAAAAGAAUGCCAAGGAGAAACAUGAGAGUGCUGAUGUUGUUUUGCAUGUUUUUACUAAUUCAGAGAGGGAAAAAGCACGGAGAAGUUGUAAAAUAGCUCCUGACUUCAAAGAGAACAAGGAAGUCUUCAUGACUGAAGAGGUUGUUGGAGAAGCAACUGGGAACAAAUCAGAAUCAACUGAAGAUUGUGACACUUCUAGACAGUUUUCUGAACUGGCAAAGGCGGGUGAAGCAACAUUGGUAUGUGAGCUUGCAGAUGGCAGAAACAACAUUAUGCCAUCUGUAGAUAGAUGUGGAUGUGGAAAGAAAGAAAUGGAAACAACUGAGGAAAUCUUGGAGCAGCUAGAUAGAAAUGACAAGGAAGUGAAUGAAGGUCAGGAACUGGAGGAUUUGGAGAGGAAAGAAAUUGAAACAGAUGAAAAAAUCUUGGAGCAUCUGGAUAGGACUGGCAAGAAAGUGGAUCAACAUGCUCAGGAACUGAAGGAUUUGCAAGGGAAACUAAAUGGACAGGAUGGGCUGGAGAACUUGGAAAGGAAGCUAAAUGCACAGGAUGAGCUGGUGGAUUUGGAAGGGAAACUAAAUGCACAGAAUGAGCUAGAGGAUUUGGAAGGGAAACUAAAUGCACAGAAUGGGCUAGAGGUUUUGGAAGGGAAACUAAAUGUGCAGAAUGAAGAGCUGGAGGAUUUGGAAGGGAAACUUAAUCCGGUUCAAAUGGUACAAGAUAGGGAACAGCAUGUUUGUAAGUUGGAUGGCACUUCAGAUUUACACAAGGAGGAACAAGAUGGGAAUGCAGGAGUUUCUGUAUAUUAUGAACAGACAGAGGAAAAACAAUAUGGUUCCUGUGGGCAGGAAAAUGGCAAGAAGAAAGUGGAAGAAUUUCUGGAGCCAACUGAAAAUUCAAAGGAGUUCCCCUUGCAAGAGGGGAACGCAAAUAUCAGUAAGAAUCCCCUUCAUGAAGUUCAGGUGUGCAUGGAAAAUGUGAACAAACAAGAAGAGGUUUAUGAAGAAAAACAAAAUAAGGUGGUGGAAGAUGUUCACCGGGAGGAAGAAGGUGAGAGUCUAAGAAACAUUUCUGAACAAGAUGAAACUGCUGAGAGACCUGAAGCAGCUUUUGAGUGGGUAGAUUAUGCAGAUCCCUGUGAAGUGGAAAGCAAUGAGAAGAGACCAAGUGAUGAUAUCCACGAGAAUGAAAACAGUGAGAAGAUUUUGGACAAGAUUUAUGAACUGGACAUAAGUAAUAAGAGAAUACAUGACGCUCUUGGUGGAGAGGAAGGUGAGGAAAUUCAUGAAGAUGAUAGUAAUUGGGAGGGAGGGGAGAAAAUACCUGUACAGGCUUGUGAAUAUGAAGAUACUGAGAGCAUUCAGAGAGAGAAAGCAGGUGCUGAAAGAAUAGAAGAAACUAAGGAGGUUAUCGAAGAGAUGAUGAAUCUCAGUGCAAGUAGUAAUGGAUGUAAGCAGGAUGCAGGUGAGAUCCUAAGCGACGGUAAAGAGGCUCAUGGACUUGAAGGAAAUGAUGAUGCUGAGAUGCAAUUUAAAGAAAAUGAGAGGAUAUCAGAUGUCACUCAAUCUUCCUGUGAGUUGAAUGAGGAUGAAAAUGGACUGGAGGCAGUUGAAAUGGCUAAUGUGCUGGGAGGAAAUAAUGGUGGAUUUGGCUUGGUUGGACAUGCUGCUGAAUACACAGGGAUCAAGAACAGGAUGAAAGAUGCAUCUGAGUCCCUUCUUUUGGAUGAAAAUCAGUCUAGUAUUGGUUUAACUGACAAAAUUUCUGUACACAAGCAAACAGACCAAAUUGAAAAAGAAUAUGAAUUGGCCUCCAAUAUGAGAAAUUCUAUUAAGAUAUCCAUGUGUGAAUCAGGAGAAGAUGAGGAAAAAUUCAACCAGGACAAAAGUGACUCCUGUCUAGAAGAAGUUGGGAUUUAUUUCAACACCUCUCAUGGGAAAAGUCAGUGGGUUGAAAUGGGGAACAAAAUGGAAAAAUCUCGACCACCUGGUGAAUUCAAAAUGGAAGAGAAAAUAAUAGGGGUAGAUGGGGAGAUCAAGACAACAGAAAAUACAAAGAAGAAUGAGGAGAAUCUUGGUAAAACCUUAGCAGUUGAAGAGAAAGGAACCAAUGAAACUGCACAAAAAGAAAUGAAGACUGGAAAAGAAUGCCUUAGGAAAAAUGAAGCAAAUUAUAGGGAGAGAGAGCGGGAAAAAGGUAGAAUAGCUGUUGAAAGGGCAAUUAGGGAAGCUCGUGAGAGGGCUUUUGCUGAAGCUCGGGAAAGGGCAGAAAGGGCUGCUGUUGAGAGAGCAACUGCUGAAGUCCGGCAAAGAGUAAUGACUGAGGCCCGAGAAAAGUUGAAGGCAUAUACAACAACUAAAUCAUCAGCUGACAAAGCUUCUGCUGAAGCCAAACUUAGAGCAGAACGUGCUGCAGUAGAGAGAGCAACUGCAGAGGCUCGAGAGCGUGCCCUCGAGAAAGCGUUAUCACAGAAGGCUACCCCUGGACCAAGAGACCAGGCAGAGAGAUCUGCUGCUGAGAAAUUUUCUGGUGUUUCCAAAGAUGAUGGAAUGAGGCACAGCAUUCCACCUAAAUUGGAUGCAAAUAAUAGUGAAUCAGCUCAGAGGCGUAAAGCAAAAUUGGAGAGACACCAAAGGACAAUGGAACGGGCGGCAAAAGCUCUUGCAGAGAAGAAUUUCAGGGAUCUUCUUGCUCAGAAAGAGCAAGCCGAGAGAAAUAGAUUGGCAGAAACUUUGGAUUCUGAAGUAAAGAGAUGGUCAAGUGGAAAGGAAGGGAACUUGAGGGCACUUCUCUCGACACUACAAUAUAUCCUUGGACCAGAUAGUGGCUGGCAACCUAUUUCCCUGACAGAAAUUGUAACAACUAAUGCUGUAAAGAAAGCUUACAGGAAGGCCACUCUUCAUGUUCAUCCUGAUAAGUUGCAGCAAAGGGGUGCAAGCAUUCAACAGAAGUACAUAUGUGAGAAGGUUUUUGAUCUUCUAAAGGCUGCUUGGAACAAGUUCAACUCUGAAGAGAGGUGACAAGGCAACGAUUUUCCGGGAAGUAGGUGCUGUUUGGCUUCAUGCUGUAACAUAUUUAGUUCUUCUUGUUUCAGUAUUUGGGAUAAAAGGGGAAGGGGCUGGCUGACUUACCUGCCAAACUCCCUUUUAUUUUCCAUGUAGUUAGCUCAAGAAAGUGGGGUAAAAAAGAAAAUGCAUUAUAGCUCAAGAACAUCCAUGGAAUUUAGAAUGUUUUCAUUUCAAAUUUGAAUGAUGAAGAUCCUUUCAUCUAGCAUGAAAGGACUCCGAAUUGUAAAUAUUUAUGAAUUUUGAGCUUAAUUUAUCAUUUAUUAUGUAUCA